UAUUUACAUAUCUGGAAAAACAACUAAUCUAAAUGCAAAUAAGAAUUUAAUCAAAAUUUACUAUAUUUAGAAUAAAAUAUUAUAGUCCAGUUCGGAGAAAUAGAUGCAAUCCAACAUACCUAGGUGAUAAACAAAUCGAUUGUUUACCCAGAAACAACCAAACCGACUAAAUAAAACAUAUCCAAAAUCAUAUGUCUAGUUAAAAUAAUAUAAUAUUAUCGAAACAAAUUAUACAAAUAAAUUAUAAAUUUAGUUAAAGCCAAAAGUAAAUAUCAAUUAAUUAUAAUAUAUUAUCUUUAUAAAUAUUUAUAUCCGUGCAUGAUCACGGGAGAAUCACCUUGUAUAUAUAUACAUUAGAUGGAGCAAAGAAUAUAUUCUCUUUAGCCAUAAAUAAUUGAUGGGGCAAGGAAUAUUUGUAUUUGAAGCCUAAGAUGAUUAUAAAUUGUAAACAAGCUCGACAUCGUUUCAUAACACAAGAAACAAACUUUCUAAAAAAUGGGAGAUUUCUUUCAAUCAAGAGAAUGGAUGUAUAAAAGAUUAAAACGUUCUGAUCAUAGUUUGUGCGAGAAAUUUAUUGAGGGUGUAAACACUUUUAUUUCUUUUGCUUGUAAUCAAGCAUUUUUUCUUGAGUGUGGGAAGUUGUUUUGUCCUUGUAAAAAAUGCAAGAAUCAAAAAUAUCACGAUGUUGAUACAGUGACGAAACAUCUUAUGUUGAAAGGAUUUACAGAAAAUUAUUACUUGUGGACGCAUCACGGAGAAAAUUGGCAAUACAAUGAUGGUGAAGCAUCAGGAAGUCAUCAUGUGAUGGAGCAUGAACCAUGGGGUGAUUAUUCUAACAAUGUUCCAAUGGAGGAUCAGUACCAUGAUUCCAAUACAGAUUUUAAUAUGUUACCCGAUGAUGCUAGUUUUCCAGAAAACGUCCAAGAGCCAGCUUACGAAGAAAAACAUGAUGCUGUUUUUCAAGCGUUAGAAGCGGCAAAUCAACCUUUAUACGAGGGGUGUACUGAUGGAAUUUCUCAACUGUAUUUGGCCUCAAAAGUGAUGAAUUGAAAAACCAAUUUUAAUCUUUCAGAGGAAUGUCUGGAUGAAAUUACUGAAACCUUUAAAGCUGUUCUUCCGUCGCCUAAUAUUGCGCCUAAAUCGUACUACGAGACAAAGAAGUAACGCGGUCUCUAGGUUUUCCAUGUCAUAAGAUUGAUGUGUGCGAGGAUAAUUGUAUGCUAUUUUGGAAAGGGGAAGAUAGUAAGUUACUACAUUGUCGCUUUUGUAAAAAAGACCGUUAUGAACCAAAUGUCGGUCGAUCAGGGAAGAAAAUACCAAAGCAAAGGAUGUUUUAUCUGCCUAUUACGGAUCGGUUGAAGCGAUUGUACCAAUCAGAAACGACAGCUUCACAAAUGAGGUGGCAUGCUGAACCUGUGUCCCCCGAAGGACAAAUGCAUCAUCCCUCAGAUGGAAGAGCAUGGAAGCAUUUUAAAGAGGUAUAUCCUAAUUUUGCUUCUGAGAGUCGCAAUGUUUAUCUGGGUUUAUCAACCGAUGGAUUUAAUCCAAUUGGUAUGAAUGGACAAUCAUAUUCUGUAUGGCCCGUCAUCGUGACACCAUACAAUUUACCCCCCGGAGUGUGCAUGAAAAGGGAAUAUUUCUUCCUCUCUAUAUUAGUGCCAGGGCCAAAGCAUCCAAAGAAAAGCUUGGAUAUAUAUCUGCAACCGUUGAUUGAAGAAUUACAAAAUUUAUGGAGUGAAGGGGUGGAGGCUUACGAUGUCUCACGGAAAGAAAAAUUCACGAUGCGAGCGGCCUUGAUGUGGACAAUUAGCGAUUUUCCAGCAUACGGGAUGUUAUCUGGAUGGAUGACCCAUGGAAGGUUGGCUUGUCCGUAUUGUAUGGAUGAGACCAAGUCGUUUUGGUUACCAAACGGUAAAAAACACAGUUGGUUUGAUUGUCAUAGAAAGUUUUUGCCUGAAGGACAUCCUUAUAGGCGGAAUGUUAAAGAUUUCUUAAAAGGUAAAACUGUCCAUGAUGAUCCUCCACCAUGGUUAAACGGAGAGGAAAUAUUACAUGAAAGAAUAAAUAAUAUACGUGGACUGCGUAAAACAGUUGAUUGUGGAGGCAAAGGACAUGACAAUCCUACUCGAUCUAUUGAAGGGUAUGGUGUUGAUUAUAAUUGGGUGAAGAAGAGUAUCUUUUGGGAGUUACCUUAUUGGGAGAACCUACUUCUUCGACACAAUCUUGAUUUUAUGCAUAUAGAAAAAAAUUUCUUUGAUAAUCUGGUUAACACAGUGCUAAAUGUACCUGGGAAGACAAAGGAUAGCAUAAACUCAAGGAUGGAUCUCCCUUUGUUUUGCAGAAGACCCGAGUUAGAAAUUUCCCAAGAUGGAAGAGUGCCUAUUCCAAUCUUUAGAUUGUCGAAGGAAGGCAAAGAAAAAUUUCUAACAUGGUUGAAGACCGAUAUUAAAUUUCCAGAUGGGUAUGUUUCGAAAUUUUCACAUUGUGUUAAUUUGAACAGUGUAAAGAUAUCAGGAUUAAAAAGCCAUGACUGUCAUGUCAUCAUGCAACGACUUCUCCCAAUUGCAUUUGCGGAACUUCUUCCAAAACCUGUUCAUACGGCAAUUUCAGAUAUCGCACUCUUCUUUCGAGAUAUAUCUGCCAAAAUCUUGAAGAUUGAAGAUGUUGCUAGACUGAAAGAAAAUAUUGCAAUUAUGCUUUGCAAUCUUGAAAAAAUAUAUCCACCGGCAUUCUUUGAUGUGAUGGAACAUCUACCUGUCCAUCUCCCAGAUGAAGCUUUACUAGGUGGUCCGGUCCAAUAUAGGUGGAUGUAUCCGUUUGAACGAUACAUGUAUCAUCUGAAAAAAAGGUUAAAAACAAAGCCAGGAUCGGAGGAUCAAUAGUGGCUCAGUGUGUGAAUGAAGAAAUUUCUUACGUGACAAAUAAUUAUAUUGCACCUUCAACAGUUCAAGUCCCUGAAAAAGAUGUCAACGAAAUCAGAUUCACUUACAAAUAUCUUGAUGUUCCAAUAAUGUUCCAGCAAGAAGGAAGAAUCAGUGGAAAAUCAAGUAGUGCAUGGUUAAAUGAUGAAGAUUAUAAUAUUCUUCAGACAUUUUUAUUGCUCAACUGUGAAGUAUUUGAACCAUAUGAGAGGAUGUUUGAAGAAUAUAUGAUGGAUAACCACCCAAACAUAACUUCUAACGAUAUGACAAAAGCAAAAGAUGAAAAAAUUGCAAUGUGGUGUAAAGAUUACAUUAACAAUGCUAGCAAAUCAUUUGAAUUUCCAUUGUGGAUGUUGGAAUUUGUACAAGGUCCAAAGCACCAAAUCACGUCAUGGCCUAUGUAUUAUUCGAGAGGAUAUCAUUACCACACACAAAGCCAUGGACAAAAUAAAAAGACAAUGAAUUUUGGUGUUUGUGUUCCUGGAACUACUGAGACCGAGUAUUUUGGACUUAUCGAAGAAAUAUUCAUGAUAGAGUAUCAUGGUGCCGUUGGGUUAAAAGCCAUGAUUUUUAAAUGUCAUUGGUUCAACAUCGAUCAAGGAAUACGAAGACAUCCAUCUGGCAUUGUUGAUGUUUGCCCACAAAUGCAUUAUGACAAGUACGAUCCUUUUAUAUUACCAGAACAAUGUGAUCAAGUAUGUUAUGUUCCUUAUCCUCGUCUACGAUCAAGAAGAGAAGAAUGGUGGACAACAAUAAAAGUUAUGCCGAGAGGAUUUUUUGAAACUAAAGAAGUUUCUCAAAAUGCAAUACAAAACAAUAUUGUUGAUCAUGUGAUACCAUCCACUAAUAUUGUGUGAGUCGAAGCACAUGCAGUCCAAGAUGAUUCAAAUUACGAACCGAUGCCAAUGAUUAAUCCAGAAGAUGAAUAUUUAUCUGAAAAUGAUUUUAUCGAUCAGUAUGACAAAUAUUCUGAUUCAGAUUCGCAUUCGGACUAAUAAUAUUGUAUGAAUAAAUGGUUAAAAAAAUAAUGUAUGUGUUAUAAAACAAAUAAGAAGAUAAAUAAUAAUUUGUAAUGUAUUUAAUAUUGUAUGAAUAAAUGGUUAAGAAAAUAAUGUAUGUGUUCUAAAACAAAUAAAAAAACAAAUAAUAAUUUGUCAUGUAUUUAACUUAAUUCCUUUGUUUUAAUAUUGUUCUUUGAAUGCUAAACUUUAUCAAAAUUCCUAUUUAAUUAUUAAUAGUAUUAUUGUAAAAUACUAACCACAAAAUUCUUAAGUGGCGGGAGUAAUUUCCCGGGUAUAUAACUCCCGUAGAAACAAAUAGCGACAAGUAGAUUGGUAACAAUCUAAAAAUUAGAAAGUAAUCACGAAAUUUUUCACUUCCCGGGUUGUUUUCCCGGCUAAACCAAUAUCAGCCACUUGAUUUAUUAAUUGAAAAAAGGAAGCUAAUCUACUUGUUUGCUCCGCCUACAAAUAUUACGUAUCUAUCUUGUCCUCUUCUCACAGUCAAUCUCUAUCCUUUCUCACAGUCAAUUUAAAAAAAAAAAAAGCUAACCCUCAGUAUCCUUUCUCUCUUCCUUACGUUUCUCUGUUUAAGGUCAGAAAUCUCUUAUUUGUUUCCCUUUUAGAUUCGUAUAUUGAAAUCUGAGGGGUCAAUCUUCUGGGUUUUUAAUUUUCAUGUUCUGUUUCGUUUUAGGGUUGGGGUCAAUGUACAACCCAUAUUUGUAAUGUUCAAGUAUUUGUAAAGCUCAAUCAGAGACCUUGUAAGCAAGAGGAGGAGAUCAGAAGAAAAAAAAGAAGCCAGAUUUUAUUGGCCUAGCAGAUUGGAACUUGAUGCUAGAGACUUGGCAGGAGGAGCCACACCAAAAGAGGAGCAAAACGAAUUCUGAGAAUGCUUCCUCCAACCCAGAUGGUUUAGGCACUCACCGUCAUACUUCAGGAUCAAAAAACCACAAGCGUUAUGCUUAUGACUUGGUUAGUCAAUUUUUAUAUUCCAUCAGCGUUAUCUUCUGUAACUUACAAAAAAAAUUUAACACCAUUCCUCCAGUCACUGAAGUAGUGCGUAUGACCCAUACUCGCAAGGAUGGCACUUUCAUUGACAAAAGAGCAGAAGGUUUUGUGAAGGCUGCCGAGGCUCUUGCAUUGGAGCGAUCACAAGGUUCCUGUCUGACUGAUGAAACCCCAUCAGCACCCUCUACCCAGCAGCUCAACGCUACUUACAUUGAAGUGGCAACCAAUGGCAAAGGGCGAGUUUAUGGGCUUGGUUCAAUUCAGGAUAUUGAUGAUGAACCAAGUGAGACUGCACCAGCAUCUUUAUUUACACAUGUGGCAGUUGAUGGACGCUUGACCACCAUGGAGGGUGUUGUAACUUGCUUGAAGGAUGAUGUUUCUGGCUUGAAGGAGGAUGUAAUUGGUAUUAAGCGAGGCAUUGAGGUUCUACUGAAGAUGAAUGGAGUGGACCCUGUUACCUUUGAACCUAUUCAGCGUGAGAGCGAUGCAUCUGUUCGAACUCCCCAAUCAAGCCAAGAACUUGACCAAAAUUCUCCCGUACAUUAACUCUGAUCUUGGUGUCUUUUGUGUUUAUACUAAGUUAAGCUCUAACAUCACUAGAUGUCUUUUGUAAAAACAUCACUGGAUGUCUUUUGUAACUUCUGAAGAACAUCAUUAGAUGUCUUUUGUAAAAAAAAUUUAUAAUUUUAAUGGUAUUUGAAUGUUUAAAUUAA